UUAUAACAAAUCAGAAAUGGAGGACACCUAUUCCGAGGAAGGACGAGAUUUCAAUUCUACCAAAACACGCAGGUCAACCACGGGGGAUCUCAGAAACAGGAAAUACAAACUGAGCCAUGAUUUGACCCCGUCACCAACUGAAGCAGACAACAAGUUUAUUUACACCAACAUUGGGUUUGCAGCGAGUACAUAUACUGUUGACAAACGUGUUGACAGUGAUGAUGACAAUGUCUUCGAAACGGAAACAAGUCCCGCCAGCACGAAGCGAGAUCGCGUGGAAAGCGCACGUGAGACGAACAGUGGGACCCAGAGGAAAUCUGGGUCGUUAAAACGUUGUUUUGUUGCGGUGUUAAUCAUUGUACUAUUGGUUGGACUACUCUCUGGCGUGGCUGUGAUACUAGUAUUUCACGUGUUCGGGGUUGGCAAAUCGUCUGUAGAGGUCACCACACAGUCCAGUACCACACACAUCACAACUCCUCCACCAGACCUGCGGUUAUUGGAUGGUGAACUUACAAUUUACGAUGAGUGGGACGAUGCUUUAUCAGAUAAUACAUCGUCUCUUUAUAACAACACUAGGGACAAUAUAACAAAGGAGAUGGAUGAAAUUAUGUUAAAUAGUAACCUCUCUACGUCCUAUAUGUCAGUACGCGUACUCAGACUAAGUCGCGGCAGUAUACGUGUAUAUUUUAAUAUGGACUUCCGAGAAUCCACGGAACUCCCAGGCGAGGUAGUCCUACCGGCCAUGACCGAGUAUAUAAUUAAAACCGCAAAGUUUGAGGGCACGACGACCCUUAACCUCAAUCCAGCCACCGUCAUACUGAGGAUUAGAGAACAUACGUCGACAACAACUGACGGAACUACAGUAUCUACCUUAACGACAAAAACUGUAGAAAGUACAACACAUUCAAGCACAACACCUCCAAAUACAACUCCAACUAGUACAACUACAAAAAGUACAGUUCCAGCAAGUACAACUACAAAAAGCACAGUUCCUACAAGUACAGUUCCUACAAGUACAACUACAAAAAGCACAGCUCCAGCAAGUACAACUACAAAAAGCACAGUUCCUACAAGUACAACUACAAAAAGUACAGUUCCAGCAAGUUCAACUACAAAAAGCAUAGUUCCUACAAGUACAACUACAAAAAGCACAGUUCCAGCAAGUACAGUUCCUACAAGUACAACUACCAAAAGUACAGUUCCUACAAGUACAACUACAAAAAGUACAACUCCUACAAGUACAACUACAACAAGUACAGUUCCUACAAGUACAACUACAAAAAGCACAGUUCCAGCAAGUACAACUACAAAAAGCACAGUUCCUACAAGUACAACUACAAAAAGUACAGUUCCAGCAAGUUCAACUACAAAAAGCAUAGUUCCUACAAGUACAACUACAAAAAGCACAGUUCCAGUAAGUACAGUCCCUACAAGUACAACUACAAAAAGUACAGUUCCUACAAGUACAACUACAAAAAGUACAACUCCUACAAGUACAACUACGAAAAGUACAACUACCGUCAUUUUAACUACAGAAACUCCAGAUUUGUGUGAAGACGUGCGCGUACCUGAAUGCGUUGCCAUGGGACAUAAUGCAACAGUGUUUCCAAAUCUGUUCCAACAAACCGACCAAGAUACCGCCAUCACCGUAUUUCAGACGUACCUGCCAUUAGCCUGCUCCGAUAACGCACGCCAUGUACUCUGUGCGACUUUGUUCUUUAAAUGUGACCAGGGACUUCCUGUAUAUCCAUGUAGAAGUAUCUGCGAAGCGGCUGUGGCUGACUGUGGGGACAGCUUUCCUGUGGUAACCCCGGAUUUAUGUCAGGCAUUGCCAACUGAAAAUUGUGUUCCUCCUCUGUCCUCUCAGUCCACAACUUCGACUUUUAUAUCUACAUCCACAGCAACAGCUGCUCCAGAUUUAUGUGAGGCCGUACGCGUACCUGAAUGCGUUGCCAUGGGACAUAAUGCAACAGUGUUUCCAAAUCUGUUCCAACAAACCGACCAAGAUACCGCCAUCACCGUAUUUCAGACGUACCUGCCAUUAGCCUGCUCCGAUAACGCACGCCAGGAACUCUGUGCGACUUUGUUCUUUAAAUGUGACCAGGGACUUCCUGUAUAUCCAUGUAGAAGUCUCUGCGAAGCCGCCGUGGCUGACUGUGGGACCAGCUUUCCUGUGGUAACCCCGGAUUUAUGUCGGGCAUUGCCAACUGAAAAUUGUGUUCCUCCUCUGUCCUCUCAGUCCACAACUUCAACGACGAUAUCCACAUCCACAACAACAAUUGCUCAACAAUCAUGCGAUCCAGUUCAACUUAACGCCUGCAAGAUUCAGGGAUUUAACGAGACACGAUUUCCCAACGUUUUUCUGGAGGAAAAUCAGAACACUGCCAUAGCGACUUAUCGUAGAGAUUUCGAGGCAACAUUUAACAGCAAUUGUUCCUCUGAUAUUGGACGGUUUGUCUGUUCUCACCUGUUUCCGACAUGUGAUCGAGGUGCCAGUUAUCUCCCCUGUCGACAUUUCUGUGAAGCCAUUAACCAAGCAUGUUCACAGAGCCUGCCAUACCCGUUCCAGUGCCAGGAUUAUCCUGAAUACAAUGGGAAAGAUAAUUGUAUACUUCCAACUUUCAAAAGAGCAGGUUGUGCUGCUGGUUGGGCCUCCUGUCACGCCGAGUCUAAGUGUAUCCCAGAAUCUUCCGUCUGUGAUCGUCAGGUCGACUGUAUCGGCUGGUCGGACGAGAGUAAAUGUAGUUGUGACGUAGAGUUUGAAUACCAGUGUACCAUGGGGAUGUGUAUAGAGUCCUACGAGAGAUGUGAUGGUGUCAAGCAUUGUCCUGAUGGCAGUGACGAACAGAACUGUCAAUGUCCGAAGGGGCAGCACGUCUGCAACGAUGGCACGUGCAUAAUGGCGGAGUGGCUGUGUGACGGAGAAGUGGAUUGUCCUGACCGCUCAGACGAAACAAUCUGUGAGAAGUGUCUCACUUCGGAAUUCUCUUGUCUGGACGGUAACUGUGUCGGCGAAGAGGAGAGAUGUGACUUCCACAAAAACUGUCCUGACCAAUCAGACGAAAGGGAGUGCUUGAUAAGAGAUUCAGCAGGUAUGAUCAAAGUCGCUAACGGCCAAACGUACGUCCCGGUGUGUGCGGACUCCUGGACAGAUACAUCCGGGUACAUGGCGUGUGAAAAACUCGGAGAUAAACAGACCGUCAACAGUAGCAGUGUAACCUACGCUAGUGCCCUGUACGCCAGCAUCAGCAUUAACGGCUCUCACAACAGUUACCUAGGCCGCGUCAAUAUCGGAUCUUCCUGUAAAGACAACAAGGUGGUUGUGGUCACGUGUGUUCCUAGAGACUGCGGUCGGCGUCAUGUGACUGAGGGUAUUGUCCAGUACAUCGUCAAUGGUGACGCUGCGUUACCAGGGGCGUGGCCAUGGCAAGGGUCGCUACAGAUCGGUGAUUUCGGCAACCAUAUUUGUGGUGCCUCCCUUAUCGCUCCAGACUUCGUAGUCACGGCGACACACUGUGUAAUCGAUUUCCUUGACCCAUCAUCCAUGAGCGUGGUUUUCGGGGUCACGAACAGAGUCACAGGUGGUGUUACCAAAGAAGCCUACAAGGUGAAGAGGGUAAUCAAGGCCAAUAACUCGUACUUUCGUUUUGGGCCAGGGGAUCUAACUUUGUUCCAGCUGGCCAACAGUGUAAAGUAUACACCUUAUAUACAGCCUGUGUGUCUACCGGAAGUAGACGAGGUGUUCCCAGAGACAGCGAUUUGCUAUACUACUGGAUGGGGAAGGACGGAACCCGAAGGAGAGUAUUCCGCCACGCUGAAUGAACUGAAGAUGAAGCUGUGGACACUUGCUAAGUGUAAUGGAACACACGGGUGGAACGGAACGAUCGCGGAUACGUACAUGUGUGCUGGGUAUUACAGUGGGAUCAAGUCGGUGUGUAAGGGAGAUAGCGGUGGUCCCCUGGUAUGUAAGGAUACAAUGGGGACUUGGAAACUGGUCGGAGUGUCGAGUUACGUGUCCAGUUACUGCAACUGGACUGCCAGACCGAAUGUCUUCACCGAUGUCCGGCGAUACGUCAACUGGAUAAACACAACCACCACUGCAGUGUUUACCUGUGAUAACGGCCAGCUUUUGUACCAGACAGACAAGCUGUGUAACAGAGAAGAUGACUGUGGUGAUGGUAGCGAUGAAGCGGCUAACUGUCCGAUCAGCGUCAAUUGCACGUUUGACGAUCCUUUUUUGUGUGGCUACGAAGUAGACGGGUUUUCUUGGGAACAUGGCAACAACCGAUCACAAUAUCCCAGUAAUCUCCCAUCAGCCGAUCACACUAGAGGGCGCUGGCCUGGUAGGUACUUAGUGGGUGCGGGAGUAGCCGUCGUGGAAGGCAGAGUGACCUCCCCUUUGCUGACCAUAAACAUGGACUCGUGUGUCCGUUUCCACUAUAACAUCCGCGGCCAGGUGAUGUCCGGCCUGGUCGUUCGUGUCUAUAACGAGAGCAGUGUGACAGACUCUAAAUCACGGGUGUUGUGGUCAUCCGGCUCAGGGGUGUUUUCAGAGCAGUGGUCAACUGGUCAUCUUGACCUUCCACCUGGACGUUAUUAUCUUGCUUUCAUCACCCCAGACAAAAUACGAGUCGCCAUUGACGACGUCAUGGUCAUUCUUGGGAAAUGUAACGCAACAGUGUGCAGUGCGGAUGAGUUCUGGUGCGAUUCCGAUUCUACGAAAAUCCAAUGCAUUCCAAUGGAGUCGAAAUGUAACCUUGUUGUAGACUGCCCAGGGGGAGAGGACGAGGGAGUGACACCAUGUGCAGCCGAGCCAUCAACGCCCUCUUUUACCUGUAACUUUGACGACAGCUCCCGAUGUGGAUUUCAGCAGGACAGUAGUGACUCCGGAGAACUUGUGCUGGUCAACAGAACCUACCUAGACAGUGUCCUACUGCAUCAAGCUUUCAGUGACCACACUUCCGGUCAGCGAGAUGGCUUCCUGCUGUUUGCGUUUCAGACGCUAUUCUUGAAAGACGAUUCAACUGUUAUGAGACAGAAGCUUGACCUUGAAAUGCUUGAUCAUUGUCUUGUGUUUUACUUUAGAGGAAACACAGAGGCGGAAUUCACGGUUGACGCUGAAUACACCGAUAGAUCAGACAUUAACUUGUGGAACUUCACAACAGGACGCUCGUUUGGUUGGGCCAAGGCACAGAUCCAGCUCCCACGGGAGUCAGCUGUGACCUUACGGUACAGCAUCACCCAGGCCGUGGACCGCGUCAUGACCUUCCCAACACCUUACUUAGCUCUGGAUGACUUUUCCAUAUCACGAGGGAUAUGUCCUACAUACGAUUGUGCAGCUACUUGGUCGAAGUGUGGCUCUCAGGAUUUCUGUUACCCCACUUCAGCGACCUGUGAUAGAACCGCCGAUUGUAUUGAUGAGACAGAUGAGUCAUUGUGUGAGUGUACAAACGAGGAAUACAAGUGUAAGAACGGCCGGUGUUUACCGGCCUCGAAACAGUGUGACACCAGUCUAGAUUGUCUAGACGGCGAUGACGAGGGUGCAGUUUGUGAUCCCCAGCGGACAGUAUCGUGCAGUUUCGAGAGCCCGUUUAUGUGUGGCUACCAUACUGAUGAGGUCAAAGGUUAUCGUUGGAUACGAAAUUCUGGGAGGACGCCCUCCUCUUAUACCGGACCGUCGAUCGACCAUGAUCCAGGGACGUCACAAGGAAGCUACAUGUACGCUGAGGGAAGUGACGGGAGCCACGGAGAUACCUGUAGUUUAGUCUCGAUUCCAUUCACCCCAACAGCUGGACAAAGUUUGUCAUUCUUCUAUCACAUGUUUGACAAUGAAUUCUGGGUGGACAUUGGAGGUCUGGAAGUCCUGUCCUCUAGAGUAUCAACUGGAGAGGAGACAAGAGUUUGGUUCAAUAACACCUCAACAGGGAACGUAUGGACUAAUGCAUGUGUUGACCUUGAUGCGGGUCACGAGGUCAAGGUCAUAUUUCGUGCUUCCAGGACGACUGCCCUUGAUAAAUAUGACGCUGAUAUCGCCAUUGACAAUUUGAUAUUACAGAAUAAAACAUGUACAGAUACAAACCUUUCAACAACGACAGCUGGUCCGACUGUUACAACGACAUCAACAACAGGAGGUUGCGGCCCUGACAAAUUCACGUGCGGGAAUGGCCAGUGUAUCCCUAUAGCAGAAAGAUGUGACACCAUCAAGGACUGUCUAGAUAACAGCGACGAGGCAAAUUGUUCACCAUGAUGACCAGCCAUUUAUAGAAACAUAAUACUGACUUUGUUAUUAAUAAGACGUCGUUAAGUUAAAAUGAAAUUGGCAAAAUGUACAAAUAAUGUGAAAAAAUCUAUGUGGUGAAGUUUGGGCGACAGUAAAAUUUAUCAGUGAGUCACUGUGUUUUAUACCUUUUGUCUCCUGACCCGUAUGAAUAAGCUACCGUAAACUAUGUGUAUUACGGGAAACAUAUAUAUAUAUAUUCACAGUAUAUUUUGAGGUAUUUUCUUUUGCAAAUUCUAUACAAUCACGAUCAUAUUUGAUUAUAUUAUACGGUAUCUUUCAAACACCGGAAACAAAUUAUUAUUCAUCGUGUGUAUGGAUGGAAUCAAAUAAAGCUUACAAACCAUUCUAUUAAACAGUGAUUGAAUAACGAAACUUGCCAAUACUUAGGUGAGAUGCAGCACUCAAAAAAGCUGUAUCAAGGUAAUAAUUUUCUGGAAAGAUUCAUAGUUGUGUAUGGACUGAAAGUUAGACCGAUGUCGACAUGAAUUAGCCCUUAGCCGGUAAAAAUCCAUAUUAUCCUAGCUUUAGUUUCGCCCUUCACAUUAAAUUUAAAUGUGUAGUAUGCUGUUUAUUUAUUGUUGCUGAAAUGAUAAAUUCGCCCUCGUUAAGGAGGAAGGUAAAAGCGGAAAUUAAACUACGGCGAAAUUUCGCGGUAUUCAUUAUGUCUGUUCUUUGUACAGUCUUCAAAUACGUAAUUGUAAUGACACGAACACCCGGUAAAUAUCCGUCCAACUGUCUGUCAUAUAUAUGUAUAGAAACCAAAUGUGGUAGAUCUGCAAAGUGAUAUUCAUCGGAUUCCGUGCAGCUUAUGCUAUAUAUUGUCCUUUUAUUUAUAUCCCAGUGUUUAAAUGUGAUGAUUAACCAUGUAGAUGUUAUCUUUAAAAGUAUUUUAUUAUUUCUGUUUUAAUGUUUAAAAGUUUCAUGUCAUACCUGUCAAACAGUUAUUAGGAGGAAUACCAGUAUGAUAGACAUUUCAUGAACUGUUCAAUACUUUUUCAUUAAUAUUUCAAUGACAUUUUGUUCAUGUUCCAUUGAUUUUUAUAGACAUUUUAUUUAUUCA